CAGUGGCCCGGGCCGCCCGCGGCGUCUGGAGCGCCGAGCCCGCUAGGCGCGCGAAUGAAUGGGCGCCCGGGGCCGCGCGCGCUCGGGGCUGAAGGGCAUUAGGACCGUGAGGAUCGCUCCGCGCUCCUGUCUCUUCCUAUCACCCCCACCACCACCACCACCACAACCUCUCUCCUUUUCUGCUCUGCAGGACUGAGCAGCCCGGAGCGAGCGAUAACAGUCGGGGCAGUGAGCGCCUCCGCCCCGGCCCUGAGAGCACGCCGGCCCCGGGCCCCACGCGGGGCGCCCGUCCGCCCACCAUGAGGAAGAUCCGAGCCAAUGCCAUCGCCAUCCUGACCGUAGCCUGGAUCCUGGGCACUUUCUACUACUUAUGGCAGGACAACCGAGCCCAUGCAGCAUCCUCGGGCGGCCGCGGCGCGCAGAGGGCCGGCGGGAGAUCGGAGCAGCUCCGUGAGGACCGCACCAUCCCGCUCAUUGUGACAGGAACACCCUCCAAAGGUUUUGAUGAGAAGGCAUACCUGUCAGUCAGGCAGCUGAAGCCGGGAGAGGACCCAUACAGACAACAUGCCUUCAACCAGCUGGAGAGUGACAAGCUGAGCCCAGACCGGCCCAUCCGGGACACUCGCCAUUACAGCUGCCCAUCCUUGACCUAUUCCUCGGACCUGCCAGCCACCAGCGUCAUCAUCACCUUCCACAACGAGGCUCGCUCCACACUCCUGCGCACAGUGAAGAGUGUUCUGAACCGAACUCCUGCCCACUUGAUCCAGGAAAUCAUUUUAGUGGACGACUUCAGUUCAGAUCCUGAAGACUGUUUGCUUCUGACCAGGAUCCCCAAGGUCAAGUGCCUUCGCAAUGACAGGCGGGAAGGGUUGAUCCGCUCCCGGGUUCGCGGGGCAGAUGUAGCAGGAGCCACAGUUCUCACCUUUCUAGAUAGUCACUGCGAGGUGAACGUGGAGUGGCUGCAGCCCAUGCUGCAGCGGGUGAUGGAGGACCACACCCGUGUGGUGAGCCCCAUCAUUGACGUCAUCAGCCUGGACAAUUUCGCCUACUUAGCAGCAUCUGCAGAUCUUCGAGGAGGAUUCGACUGGAGUCUGCAUUUCAAGUGGGAACAGAUCCCACUGGAGCAGAAGAUGACCCGGACAGACCCCACCAAGCCCAUCAGGACACCCGUUAUAGCUGGAGGAAUCUUCGUGAUUGACAAGUCCUGGUUUAAUCACUUGGGAAAGUAUGACACCCAGAUGGACAUCUGGGGAGGAGAGAAUUUCGAACUCUCCUUCAGGGUAUGGAUGUGCGGUGGCAGCCUGGAGAUUAUACCCUGCAGCCGCGUGGGCCAUGUCUUCAGGAAGCGGCACCCCUACAACUUUCCCGAGGGCAAUGCCCUCACCUACAUCAGGAACACGAAACGUACCGCAGAGGUGUGGAUGGAUGAGUACAAGCAGUACUACUAUGAGGCCCGGCCCUCCGCCAUCGGGAAGGCCUUUGGCAGCGUGGCCACACGGAUCGAGCAGAGGAAGAAGUUGGACUGCAAGUCCUUCCGCUGGUACCUGGAGAAUGUCUACCCCGAGCUCACGAUCCCAGCAAAGGAAGUGCUCCCUGGUGCCAUUAAGCAAGGAAUCAACUGCUUAGAAUCCCAGGGUCCGAACACAGCUGGUGAUCUCCUGCUGGGAAUGGGGAUCUGCAGAGGGUCUGCCAAGAGCCCUCCACCAGCCCAGACAUGGCUGUUCAGCGACCACCUCAUUCAGCAGCAAGGGAAAUGCCUGGCUGCUACCUCCACCUUAAUGUCCUCCCCUGGGUCCCCAGUAAUACUGCAAGCGUGUAAUCCUAAAGAAAGCAAGCAGAAAUGGAGAAGAAAAGGCUCUUUCAUCCAGCACUCUGUCAGCGGCCUCUGCCUGGAGACUAAACCUGCCCAGCUGGUGACCAGCAAGUGUCAAGCAGACGCCCAGGCCCAGCAAUGGCAACUGAUGUCACACACAUGAUGGUAGCCCCAGCCUCCUGUACCGUCUGCAUGAGACUUGGGGACCGGAAGGGGUUAGGGUGGGGGCGUGGUCAAGCGGGCUGUUUCCCAUCUCCUCACGUUUCUACCGGAUCAUCAGUACCCACCCCUACCACACAUUUCUCCAAAGGUAGUUCAGGGAGGGUGUGGGGCAUGCUCCGUGCCCUCUGUGCCACCCCAGUCUUACCCUGGGAGAGGAGAUGGUUAGUGUGCAGCUGUCCUGGGCAGAGACUUGGCAGCUGCUCCUGGCCCUUUGUCUUCUCCCUUGGCCCUUUAGGAACCCCAGACGGUGGUAUGUGGGCCUUCCCCUGGUUGCCUAGCAGGGACACAGACAGAAAGCCUACGUUGGGUCCCAGAGCUAGCCUAGGGUCAACACAAGAGGACAGGUGGCAACAUGCGUCGAGGCUGAAGGCAGAGGCAGCUGGAGAACAGAAGGGUUGAGGGGCUUAGUUAGUGAGUGGGUAAGGGAGGGAUGCAUCCUGGGAGAUGAGGGUGGGAAUCCAGAGAACAACAUAGAUGGAGAAGCAGCGUGAAGUGCCAGAAAAAAACAAGCUUUCUUUCCACCACAUCAUCCUAUCCUUGCUUUGCUAGCCCCAGGCCCCAAGCCCGACAUAUGCCUGCGGCCCCUCUAGGAGACCACAUUCUAGCAAGAGGCUGCAGAGGGAUCUGGCCAUAAUUAAUUAAGCAGACUCCACUUCUGCUUAGCUAUAUGUCAGGCCAAGACUUCACGCUUAGGGCUUUAUGACCAAUUGGUACCCUGUCUGCACCAACUGGUUCCUGUUCAUACACCCUGGAAUACCCUUGUCUUCGCUUACUGUUUUAGAGCCCCCACCCUUUCAAAGGUCUUUGCCUCUGUAAACACAGCAUUAUGGGGCAUCGUGGCCCUGUCAGAAAAGGACUCCCCCCUCCCCUUUCUGGAGUAUAGCCGUUUCUCAAUCAGUAGGAACCAGGUCACCCAGGCCAAACCUCAUUCAUGCUCAGACCCUUCUCCAAAGGCCAGCAGUUGCAAUGGACUGCAAAGCUGGCUAGUAGCUCUGUCUGUGUCGAGAAUUCCCUGCUCUCUCCUCUAUUGCUACUGAGAACACCGAGACCACACCUUGGUAUCAUCCUGGAAUCCUAGCCCUCACCCCACCACUGGCUUCCACAGUAUAAUCUUGGGGAAAAGACAGUUGAUAACCAAAACUCUUGGGGUCUUUCUCCCAAAGCAAGACAGCCCAAGAGGCCACUUUUAACCCAGGAUCACCCAGUCUCUCAUAGACCAGAGAGCUACACAUUCAUAGGAAGUUUUGCAUAUGUAUGCACAGAUGCAAUUUCCUAGGUGGGGGUGGAGCCUGGAUUUUCCCUGCUUCCUGGUUUCCAAAGGAUCUGCUCCUCUGCGCUGAAUGAGUGCUACCACCAUCUGCAUUGCUGCCCCCCAUCACCUUCCCUGCUGGGCCUGGCCUGGCCAUCGCCAGGGGUUAGGAGCCAAAAACCUGGUUUGCAGUACCCACUCUGGAAGGUUCUUCAGCAGUUUCCUUGCACCUCUGGCUCUCACCAGCAUCAUCUCGGCAGUUCUGUGCCAAAUCUGUGAUCACCCCCUGGCUCAACACAGGGGCCUCUCACCAUGGCGACCAAGCUCGCCCAUCCUGUUUUGAUGUCUCUCUCACACACUGCUUCCUGCAGAACUGGCCUCGGAUCCCACGAAGCUCUGGGAAUCCUCCUGCUAGAGCAAGGGGCAGAGCUGAGGCCGAGACAGAGCCUCUUCCCUAGAGACUUGGGCCCUGCUCAGUGUAGACCUUGGGGCUGGGAAACUGGGCCUCUCUCUCUGUGAACUUACAAACUUCUGCUCAGCUCUGAGAAGGCCUCUCGCCGUUUCCUGUGGUCAGACUGGGCUCUGCACUUGUCAGCUGUCCAUUGUGGGGACUCAGUCCAGCUCUGUUUUUGCUUUUCUUCUUGACCAAAGCAUGUGCCACUAAGCUGUCUCGGAGGACACUGUCUUUAUGAAACACACCUGGAAUAAAACCACUUCUUCCAUGUC